AUGAGGAGCCCCCAGAUCACCUCUCUUCUGCAGACCCUUUCCGUCUUUGCAAUCCUCUGGCAUGAAGGCAGAGGACAACAAGGAACCGUAAUUUCACAAGGAACCGUGAUCUCGGACUUACACAGCCAAGGCAGAUCCACCCAAAACCAGUUCACCCGAGGCAGGUUUGGAGAGGAGAUCUUCAGCGGUAUCCGGCGCAUGGUGGUUGUCAAAGCGAUGAGCCAAUGCGCCUGGUGUGUACCCAUCACCACUUAUGGCGGAAAAGGAGUAGCCAAACCCGGCGUCGACCCAGCAAAACAUGCCAUUGUGUAUAUGCGGGGAUCUGUGCCGACUUGCAAAGCUGAUGAGCCACGAAUGACCAAGGAACCCUUGGAAAUCGAACCAGCGAGGCCUGAGGAGAGACUCGAUGAGAUGUCUCGUCUGAAUUUCGGCAAGGUCUACACCGUCGAACAUAAUGUCAAAGUGCGCCAUGUUGGGAUGAUAUCCUGGACCUCAAUGGUCAAAUUCAGAGGCUACGCGAGUAAUGAAUUCAGACUCGAUAUUUAA